UAAAUAAUUAACUUUUUUUCCAUGACAAGUAUUGUGUACUUAAUGAGGAGUCCCUAAGUACUUUUGAAUGGUUAAAACCUUUAUAAAACACACCACAGAAGAUGAGGUCAAAAGGCUUGGCUUUGAUUAUCAUAUUAAUCAUCUCAGGAGAACUCCAUGCAGAAGAGAAGCCCUGUGGUUUUCCUAGUGUGGAGAAUGGAAGGAUUGCCCAAUAUUACUAUACUUUUGAAAGUUAUUACUUUCCAAUGAGGAUAAACCAAAAUCUGUCAUUUUCCUGCUUGGUUGGUUAUACGACUGCAACCGGCAAACGCGAGGCGCGGACCACGUGUACGGCGGCAGGCUGGUCUCCCCAGCCACAGUGCUUCAAAAAGUGCCCUAAGCCUGACCUGAAGAAUGGUUACAUCUCUGAUACAAAAUUAGCCUACAAAAUACAAGAGAACUUGCGCUAUCAUUGUGCACCAGGAUACAAAACCAUCGCAGGGCAGGAUGAGGAAGUGGUUCAAUGCCUUGCUGACGGGUGGUCUUCCCAGCCAACCUGUAGGAAGGAACAUGAAGCAUGUUUGGCCCCUGAAUUGCAUCAUGGAAAUUAUUUCACAGCACAGAAAACAUUCAAAGUGAAGGACAAAGUUGGAUACGAGUGUGCCUCUGGGUACCGCACGGCUUCUGGCAAGAGGACGGAGGAGGUGGAGUGUCGCCCGUAUGGAUGGGCCCUCACCCCACAAUGUACCAAAUUAAAAUGCUCUUCUUUAAGAGUAAUAGAAAAUGGUUAUUUUCAUCCUGUAAAGCAAACCUAUGAAGAAGGAGAUGUAGUUCAGUUUUUCUGUAAUAAAAAUUAUUAUCUAAGUGGCUCUGACUUAAUUCAGUGCUAUAACUUUGGUUGGUACCCAGAAUCUCCUGUCUGUGAAGGAAGAAGAAAUCGGUGUCCUCCUCCCCCUCUGCCUCUGAACUCCAAACUUCAAACGUACUCAGCCUCCUACCGUCAUGGAGAAACAGUUCGUAUAGAAUGUGAACUUAACUUCGCCAUGCAGGGAGCAGAAGAGAUACGCUGUGAAAACGGGAAAUGGACAGAGCCUCCCAAAUGCGCUGAGGACAAGCAGAGGGCGACCUGUGAGGCCCCACCCUCGGUGGGGAAUGGCUCAGCAAAUCCAACCUCCGAGGUUUAUCACAGUGGGGAUAAGGUGACAUACGUGUGUGAGAGGGGUUAUCACCUCCGUGGACCAGGGGAAAUAACGUGCAACCGUGGGAAAUGGACCCUUCCGCCUGAGUGUGUUGAAAAUACUGAGAAUUGUAAUCCUCCACCUGAUGUAAUAAAUGGGGCUAUUAUUGGUGAAUUAUUGGCAAGCUACCCAACAGGAUCCUCUGUGGAAUAUAGAUGCAAUGAAUAUUACUUAUUGAGAGGAGCAAAAAUAUCUCAUUGUGAACAAGGAAGAUGGUCAUCACCACCUGUUUGCUUAGAGCCGUGUACUGUUAACAUGGGUGACAUGCGCAGAAAUAACGUGCAGAUGAAGUGGAGUUAUGAGGGAAAGAUCUUACAUGGAGAUUUAAUCGAUUUUGUAUGUAAGCAGGGAUAUGAGCUGUCUCCAUCAACCCCACCCUCUGAAUUAUCUGUGCAGUGUAAUAGAGGAGAAGUGAAAUAUCCUUCAUGUAUUAGAAAAGAAUCUAAAAGAAUGUGUGCAUCUCCCCCAGCUAUUAAAAAUGGAGUUAUUAAGAGUUCAAUACUCAACGCCUAUGAAAACGGUUCUUCAGUGGAAUACAUAUGUUUUGAGCACCAUUUCCUUCAAGGAGCUAAGGAGUCCUAUUGUUUAGAGGGCGUGUGGACUACACCACCAUUGUGUUUGGAGCCUUGCACUUUAUCUUUUGAUACAAUGGAAAAUAAUAAUUUACACCUGAAAUGGAAUUUUGACAACAGACCAUAUAUUUUCCAUGGCGAGUAUGUUGAGUUUCUUUGUAAGAGAGAUACUUACAUAGCUGGGUUUCCGGGUCCUGUAUCUGAAUUCCGAGUGCAGUGUGACAGAGGACAAUUUAAUUACCCAAGAUGUGUUCAAAGAGAAAGGAUGUUGUCUCAUCAAGAACCCUUAAGGACAUAAAAAUGAACGGCAUAAGAGGAACAGCAUUUUGACACACUAUGAAGUCUUUUAUAAAACAUAAUUGUUAGAAUAAAACUGUUGAAUAAAAACCUCUAAGUUUUUACUUUCAUGAAGAUUUGACUCUAAACUGUUUACACAGGAUAUUUUCUAUAAAUAAA